CAAGUGCUGAACAGUCACAAGGGGACUUCACUUGACCUCGCUGAGCAAGCGGCAGCUAAACCUGGUACCCAGAACAAUGCUGGUUCUCUUCAAACUCUUGCUGCUGUCUGCAGCACUGGCGACCGUGUGGUCGCAUAAUUUCCUCAACGAAUAUGACCAACCUUUUGAUUUCCGCUGUCCAUAUGGUUCAGUUAUCAACUAUAUCUACAGUGAACACCACGACUAUUUUGAAGACAGGCGUUUCGAAAUUCUCUGCAGGAGCCAAAAGACAACGGAAUGCGCGCAUAGCGGAUAUGUGAAUGCUUUUGAUCAGCCCGUGAACUUCAUUUGUCCUGGCGACAAAGUUAUGACCGGCAUUGAGAGUUACCAUGACAACUUCUACGAGGACCGUCGCUUCAGCUUCCAGUGCUGUCGGGUUUCUAGAAAGAAAUUAUGCAACUGUUACAUGACGAAUGACGUCAACACCUGGGACAUGCCAAUGACGCUGCGGGUGGGUUUUGGUCAAGCGAUUCAAGGCGCUCACAGUUACCAUAACAACUAUUACGAGGACAGAAUUUGGAAAUUCCAGCUUUGCCAACUGAAAGAUAAAUGCUAAAAAAUUAAUUACCUCCAAAAAAAAAACAACAACCCAUUAAUAAACAAUAUGAGGGACUUGUCUUGAAUUCAUUAGUAUAGUUUAUUAAACCUUUAAAAACUAUUAAAUGCUUUAAAUACUAUUUUUUAAAAUCAUUUUAGCAGGCCGUAGGCUGCUGUUUAAAAAUGAAAUAUAUUUAAAAGUCACAUGUUUUGAGCAAUUGUUGUAUGAAGUAGUUUACAUUUUAAAAAAUGUAGAUCUAAUUUUGAUUCGAUGAAAUAAACUAGUUUUAAUCUA